CAAGUAAAAUGAUCCACUUCCGGGUUGAAAGUCAAGCUCACGUGUUGAAGAGGAGCCUAGAUCCGGGAAAGCACGGAAACAUCAUGGUUGUCUCUGUAAAAGUCGAGGGUUUGAGCGCCUUUCUAGAGGCUGUCGAGAAUCACAAAGGGAAAGCAAUCUUUGCGCUGUUUACUGGCUCCCACGACGCACAGGGGAAGAGCUGGUGUCCUGACUGCGUUGCAGCUGACCCAGUAGUAGAGCAGUGUGUGAAGGGUGCUCCUGAGGAUGCUGUCUUCAUCACAUGCUCUGUAGGCGACAGGGCAUUCUGGAAGGACCAGAACAAUGAAUUCCGCACUCACCCCAAGCUGAAGCUGACCAGUGUGCCCACCCUCAUUAGAUGGGAAACGCCCCAGAGACUGAUGGAAGAAGACUGUGCCAAGAGUAACCUGGUCUCAAUGCUCUUUGAAGAGGACUAGGAUGGAGGAAACAACAUAUAGAUGUCAGCUGUCCUGUCCAAAACCCUCCUUUAAUUCAGGAGGGCCAUUUACUUUAAUGUAACACAAAAUGCACUUGGCGGUUUAUCCAAGUUUUAACCACCUCAUUGUUAAUCAAAUUGUCUAAGGGAGGGAGUGACAAUAGUUUGUCAUUGCCUACAAGACAAAGGCAUGCAGCCCCAACUCCCCUCCCACACCCAGGUACUACUGAAUGUAACCAACGUAGAAUGAUGAAAAAGGAACUGUACUGUAGCUUGAUAACUGCAGCCUGAAAAAAGUCAUGGUUUGGAUUAAAACAAUUCUUACCCAUA